AUGCGCUUUUCCAAGGUCUUCAAACAACGUUAUGACAAGUGGUUAAGAAAGGAGUUCCAUUUGGCAGAAAAGAUCAUUGAAAAUUUAAAUGACUGGCUGAAAGCAUGGAUAGAUGUCAGUGACGAUAGCGAUCGAAAGGUCUUCACAUACAAGACAGAGGACACAACAAGAGAACAGUUUUCAAAGGUUCCAUACGUAUUGGAUCAUGAAGGUGCAGCCACCUACCGUGGAGUGAAAUCAAGUGCCGAGCAUGGGCUGACCGAAUGGAGAAGCUCAAGAGCUGAGUCAAGCUUGGAGAAGUUUCAUGAACUAUUGGCCCAUUUUGCAAAUAUUAGUUGCAAAUCGGAGUUUGCGAAUGCUCUCAUUGCCCGAGGUACGGCUGAGCACAACGUCGGUGCGAGGUGGAGAUAUGACUGCAUGGUGCAACGCUGUUGGAUAUAUUAG